CUGUCGUUCCUUAAACCCUGGCUUGGCCUAUCGUCUUUCUAAACCCUAAUUCCCUUCUUCGCAUACCAUAUUUUCACCCACCGGCUUAUUCCGGCACUCGCCCGCGCGCCGCCGUAAGAUAAAGAGAUGGCGGAAUCGCAGUACGAGGUAGAUCUGGGCAACCUCAUGGCGUUUGACCCACAUCACCAAUUCGUUUCUCCCCCGUCUUCCAGGGAGGAGGUUGUAAAGGAAGCUAUUGAACAGGGCACCAAAUUAGUCCAAGCAAUUGCUGAUGCCCUUUUCAGCUUGCCUUCGACAGAAGACCUUGACGGGCCCAUUGUCAAGUUGCCUGCUCCUACUACCAAAUUGCCCAGAGCAAAGCCACUUCCAAAGCCUAGGCCUCCAACUAAGUGGGAGUUGUUUGCUGAAAAGAAAGGUAUACAGAAGCGCAAGAAAGAAAAACUAGUCUUUGAUGAGCAAACUGGUACUUGGAAACGGCGUCAUGGCUAUGAUCGUGUAAAUGAUGACAACGAUAUACCUAUCAUUGAGGCCAAGUCCACUGAUGAACCAGGAACAGAUCCUUUUGCUGAGAGGCGUAAAGAGAAGAAAAGCAAAGUUGAAAAACAGGAGAAAAAUCGAUUGCAAAACCUAAAACAAGCGGCGAAAGCUGGUGCCUUGCCAAGCCAUGUUCAACUUGCUGCCACUGCUUUACCUAUAACGGGAAGCCAAGCAAUGCCUAAGAAAGUUAGCAAGGAUGAGUUACAAAAUGUUGCUGGAAUGGCAGCUAUUUCAACGGCUAGUGGGGGAAAGUUUGACAAGAAAUUGCCGGGGGAGAAGCCCCCAAAGCAUGAAAAGAAGUAUCGGAAGUUCCUACCGGCUGUAGAAGGAUCAGGAAUGGGUGCCUUGGAGAAACAGCAAACUGAGAAAGUUUUGAACCAGUUGAUCUCCAAGAACUCUCAUGAGAUACUCAAUGUAGAAAAGGCUGUGAACAUGUAUAAUGUGAAGAGGGAGAAGAAGCAAAGAAAACAAGGGGGACAGUUGUCAACUUCAAGCAAGUUGAAGGCCAACAAGAAAUCUUUCAAGAAAUCAUCGAAAAAAGGGUCCUCAAAUAAAGGCAAAUCAAAAUAAGAUCAUAUAGGACAAUGGUAAUUUUGUCAGGCUUUAGUUGUUUAAGCUGGAAAAAUUGAUGCUAGCACUGAUCAACUUUAUACUUUGUAUUUUUCUUUAAUAUUUUUGGUAUGAGUAUAUCACCUCUCAUCUUUUAUGUACUUCUGUUUGCUAUGAGUACAGCACCUCUUAAUUUAGAAACUAAAAGUUUUCCUGCCGAUUCAG